AUGAGCGGCAGUGGUGGCUCCCCUUCCAACUGCGGCUCCUCCCCCGCGAGGCCGACCUCUCCUUCGCUCGGCUCAUCCAGCGCUUCCACCGCUACCGUCACCCACCCCGCACCACCCGACACCGUCCUCACCGCCCUGAACUUCACGCCCUUCAAGACCAAAAACACCCGACGUGAUCUGACGACCUCGUACCGUGCCUUCAAACAAGCCUGGUCCGCGAUCGAACGAACGACCGUCCUCCAACACUCUGCUCGAAGGUUGGGCGAACGAGCGGCCAAUGUGCUGUUGGUGACGACCGACAAGUUGCAGGCUUAUGAACCCAAGGAUGCGAGGGACAAGAUCUUGGGCAAAGUGCCCACUUAUGAGUUUCAGGCCGAGGCGAACCCGCAAGAGACCAUGUUCAAGCUGCAGUCGUGAGUUCGCAGCUGGCAGCUGGGAUGCGGCGUGGCCUCGUUCACCUCCUUUCCUGCGAGUCGCGCGCGGGUGGGAAGGGGUCGAGGCGGAGGCAGCGUAUCUCGCGCGGGAUGUCCCUCACUCGCUCAGGUACUGACAGCGCUGUCUUAUCUCCCUCUAUCAGCAUCAUGAUCGACCUCCAAACAGCCAUGACCCUCCUCGCCUCCCCUCGUCAAGACCAACAGGUGCUUCUCGUGCGCGACCUCUCCUCGACCGUCCGUUCGCUCGAAAAACUCAACGCCCAACUCACCAACGCUGUCGAGAUGUACGAGCUCUUCAUCUCGACCGAACCGUGGGCUCUCGAGAACGAACAUGAUCUUGCCGCCGAUUAUGCGACCUUGCCUCGUCUGUUUCAACUCGCUUUUGCACUGAGGGGUCCGCUUUAUACUGGUUUCCUCAAAGAUCAUCCCGCACCACCUGGGGAGAUCGCUUCCAUCUCCAAACGAAGGGACAAUUAUCUCGCUUGGUGUCUCGAGACGAAUCCGCUGCUGAGACAAGAUCCCUCGACACCGACGUCGGCGAGAAAGAGAUGGGUACUGAUCACGCCUAGCCCCGAAGCAUCACCCGUGUCGCCGCUUUUCCCCAAGGGGGGUGCGGGAACAGUACCCGUUCUAUCACGAUCACGUGCACCAUCGUCGCCAACUGCAGCUGCUCCCGCCGGUGGGUCCAGACGAGUAAGAAGCUCGACCAUGAUCAACGAAGUCAGCCCCUCGCCGCCCUCGAUCAAAGCCGGAACCGUAGUAGAGACCAAAGAUAUCCCAUCGAGUCCCACCACCAGUCCAGAAACGUCUCCAACAAUCCCAAGCUCUUCCCCCUGGACGGCUUCUCUCUCAAAUUCUCCCAAAGAACUCAGCGCCGAUACCCCGGACUCGACCCCUCCCACCACACCCCAAAUUGUGACCUCGAUCUACCCCAACACAGUCGCCGAUCGUGCCUCUCGCCUUUCCACCGAACCCGACGAACACUCUUUCCUCUCCAUCGGGGACCAUCCCAACGUAAGCUCUGACUCCUCCGGUGCAUCGGACGAUGAACCCGAUUCACCGACGUCGGGUACCCCUCGUCAACUUCCUCGUCUGCUCGAGAACGGGUCAUCCAAAUCAAGUCCGGCUUCCGAAGUACCCCCUGCCAAAGGUCUAGGGAUCCUCGAUUCGCUCAAUGCAGCGGUCACUACCGAACCCGACGCGGCUCCAGAUUCUCCCGUGGAGGAGAAGAAAUCGAACUUGCUUAGCUCACCCAGAUCACCCCGACGCGUCCCUUCGAUCCCUACCCUCCCCGCUAUCCCAGAAGACGAACUCUACCGACCCGAACCGCCGACGCCGACGCCGAUCCCGUCUUUUAUCGUUCGACCCGCGACACCUCAGUGCGAAUCCCUCCAAGCGGGGGAAAAGGGAUCAACACCUCAAACCACAAGUUUGCGUAUCCUCUCACUCGACGGAGGAGGGAUCCGUGGCUUGACGCUCCUAUACACCCUGCGCUCCAAACUCGCCAAAGACUCUCCACCACCAUAUCAAGUCUUUGAUCUUAUCACGGGAUGUGGAACCGGAGGAUUGGUCGCGAUCUUGUUGGGUCGAUUGAGGAUGACGAUUGAUGAGGCGAUCAAUACCUAUUUGUCGAUCGCGAGGCAGGCAUUCAUCUCCAAGGAGCUCGUGCGCAAGAAAAGUCGCUGGAGUCGACUGUUCGGAGGUCCAGGUUCAACAGCUGACCGAAGCGAAAUCGGCAAACUCCUUCCCGGAACCCGCGACCAUGGGCUCGAAGAAGCCCUUCUCGAACACCUCGACGACGUCCCCAUGCUCGAAGAAUCUUCUGCUCUCGAAGCGAAGCGAUGCAAAGUGGCCAUCUUGGCCUACGAACAAAGUUCCUACGGAGGCGACGGUGCCCCCGUCUGGUUCCGUUCUUACCUCGACGACAACGACGAGAACCUCGAUUCACCUUGCAUCCGAACCGUCGUUCGAGCGACGAUGGCUUCGAGCGCCUUCUUCAGACCUUUCAAACUCGCCGAAGAGCGAGCAUCUUUCAUCGUCGCUCCUGAAUCACUCAAUCCCGCCGAUCUAACGCUAGACGAAGCGCAUCGCAUCUCCGAGACCCUCGGACCGGAUGCUACCGAACUCCCCAAACUAGAGAUCGUCCACUUCCUCUCCCUCGGCGUAGGUCAAAUCCCUUCCGGCAUCCGUCUUUCCUCCAAAACCAAGAUGCGCUCUCUCAAACUCGUUACCCGGAUCGUAGAAGAGAACCAAAGUGCUUAUGAACGCGUUUUGAGAAGGGCGAGGAGGGAGGGGUGGUCGGAAAGGAUCGAGAGGAUUGAUGUGGAUUUGGUCGGGAGGGAUGACAAAGGGAUUGAUGAGUGGUUUUAUCAUAUUCUUUUGAGGGACGCUAUUGAACGGUUCGUGAACGGUGGGGACCUGAGUACCACUACUUCGGGGGCUGCGGAUAGAGUGGGGAGUGGGGAUUUCGAAUUUCCUUCGACGACGCCGACGGAAACGAUAAAGUCGACAAAUCCAAGACGUGAGUAUCCCGGUCUCUCUCUCUUCGGUCCUCCAAAUCACUCACCUUCUUCUCCAAUCCCAGCCACUUCAAUGCUAAGCACCUUCACGUUCCGCCGCUCCUCAAUCCAGCGCUUAUCCCUCCGGCCCGAAAGCUCCUCAAGCUCCUCAGCAACCUCCCCCCUGCGUCGAUCAGUUUCGCUGACGAACCUCCGUACAAGUCUUAAUCCCAUGUAUCUACAACGUGACGCGUCGACAGCUUCCCUCGACGCGGAUGUCGCGAGGGAUUCUCUCACGAAUUCAGGGACGAAUACUGCUUUGUGA